GUCCUGUUGAGGUAGUAGCACGCAUUGUCUUGCUGUUCAGAGCUUCACAUGAAGAUUGUCUACACGGUCUGCAUAGCGUCUAUGCGCCUCAAAGAACAUGAGCAGGCGGCUGGAAAGACGUGAACAACAAAUACAAGUGUGCGACGAUUGCUGUUGGGUGAAGAUCUAAAUAUGUGAGUCGCUGUGGACGCCAUCCUUCGCAACAUCGAGGCUCGCUCGCCAAGGCCGGUGGUUCGGCGACGAUCAGAGCUCCAACAUAUUCGCUCAGCAAUUGCGCCGCCACCAACAAUCGCUUGAGCUGCUGCUCAACCCCGCUGUCAUGAACACGGCCGCGACGAUGCGCGCCCUCCGCGUGCGCCCCUCGAUCGCACAUGCUCGCCUCGCAUCACGCCCGUUCCAGCACCCCACGCGCUCUGCGACCAUCGCCGCCAACGAAGCUGCCACAAACGUCCGAUCGGCCGGCACACGCACGAAGAACCUCGUAUACGGCUCGCUACUUUCGGUCGGGCUCUCCUUCGGCUACCUCUACGGCACCGACACCCGCUCCAGCAUCCACGAAUGGCUCGUUGUGCCCGCCCUGCGCCAGAUCUACCCUGAUGGCGAGGACGCACACCAUGCGGGAACGCGCAUACUGGCUGCGCUGCACCGCUUCGGCCUGAACCCCCGCGAGCGCGGCGACGCCGACACAAAGGGCGACCUGGCCGUCGAGGUCUUCGGCCACACACUCGCCAAUCCCGUUGGCACCUCCGCCGGCAUCGACAAGGGCGCCGAGAUCCCCACGCCUCUCUUCGAACUCGGCCCCGCCAUCGUCGAGGUCGGCGCCAUCACCCUGCGCCCGCAGGACGGCAAUCCCAAGCCCCGCGUCUUCCGCCUCCCCAGCCAAAACGCCCUCAUCAACCGCUACGGCUUCAACUCCGAGGGCGCCGAAGCCGUGGCCCUGCGCCUGCGCCAGCGCGUGCGCGAAUUCGCAUACCACGCGGGUCUGGGGCUGGGCGCGGCCGCCGAACAAGCGGUGCUCAACGGCGACGCCAACGUGCCCCCCGGCUCGCUCAAGCAGGGCCGCCUGCUCGCCGUGCAGGUCGCCAAGAACAAAACCACGCCCGAGACCGACAUCGACGCCGUCGUCCACGACUACGCCUCCGCCGUCGCCCACGUCGGCCCCUACGCCGACAUCCUCGUCGUCAACGUCUCCUCGCCCAACACCCCCGGCCUGCGCACUCUGCAGAACACCGAGCCGCUGACCCGCCUCCUGACCGGCGUCGUCGCCGCCGUGCACGCCCUCCCGCGCAAAACCAAACCCGCCGUCAUGGUCAAAGUCUCCCCCGACGAGGACUCGCCCGCCCAGGUCUCGGGCAUCGUCGACGCCGUGUGGGCGUCCGGCGUCGACGGCGUGAUUGUCGGCAACACGACGAACCGCCGCCCGGACCCGCUGCCCGCGGGCUACGCGCUGCCGCCCGCCGAGGCAAAGCUGCUGCUCGAGCAAGGUGGAUACUCGGGCCCGCAGCUGUUCGAGCGCACGCGGGCGCUGGUCGCGCGGUACCGGCGCGCGCUGGACGCGGGGCCUGCACGCCCGUCGCCCGAGUCGCCCUCGUCUGAGUCGCCCUCGUCUGCAACCCCAACCCCACACGCAGCCCCCGCGCCUGCAGACGCAGACCCCACCGCCUUCGACGACCUCUCCACCUCCGCCCCCUCAUCCACAUCUCUCUCCCCCGCCUCCCCCGCCCCAUCCACCCCCGGCCCGCGCAAAGUCAUCUUCGCCACCGGCGGCAUCACCACCGGCGCCCAGGCGCGCGCCGUCCUCGACGCCGGCGCGAGCGUCGUGCAGGUGUACACGGCGAUGAUCUACGGGGGUGCGGGGACGGUGUCGAGGAUUAAGCGGGAGUUAAGGGAGGAGAAGCUAAAGGAGAAGACGGGGGAGAGGGGGGAUGUGGAGGGGAGGACGGCGCCGUGA